AUGUUGUCACCACCACCUUCACGUUCACCUUCAAUUCCCAUGUUGCUUCUCCUCCUCACAUUCUUCGCCGUCACAGCCUCUUCCACCCACACAUGCACCACCCAGAAGCUAAAUUCCAAAAAUAUUUACUUCAAUUGCAUGGACCUUCCUUACCUCAACUCAUACCUCCAUUGGACCUACGACCCUUCCAACUUUUCUCUUUCGGUGGCGUUCGUCGCAACGCCGUCGAGACCCGAUGGUUGGGUCUCGUGGGCCAUCAACCCCACCGGCACCGGCAUGGUGGGGGCUCAGGCCAUCGUGGCCUUCAAGAAAAAUGGUGUGAUGACAGUGAAUACCUUGAACCUCAAGUCCUAUAUUGUCAUUCUUCAUGGGAACCUCUCCUUCGACGUGUGGGAUUUGAGUGCUGACGAGGUUGGUGGCAUGAUGACUAUUUUUGCGUCGGUGAAGGUGCCCGAGAACGCGGAGACGGUGAACCACGUGUGGCAGGUGGGGCCCUCCGUCAUCGGUGACAAGUUGAACCAGCAUGAAAUUAGUAUGGCGAAUUUGCAAGCCAAGGGGACACUGCGCUUGAAUGGAGCGCAGAGUUAUAGCAGUGUUGGUGCCAAGAACUUGAUUUUGAUUUUGAGUUUAUUUUUGUUUUUGGUUUUGGUGAUGUGA